AUGACUGGCGCGAAGUACGUGUGGAUUGCGCCGUACUGGGCAGGCACUGUAUGGUGGACCAACCCCCUUUCGUCAGCCAUCGCUCCUUGCACCGGCGACCAAAUCCUUAGCGCCGUGGAUUCUUCCUUCCAUUUCACGGGAAACAGCCAGAAAGGUCUACCCGACUUGGAUUACAAUGGAGUGAAACCCUUACCAGAACACUACGACUACUUCAACAGCGUGCCGAUAAACUUCUUUGCGUUUACAUACGACAACGCCAUAGCCAUAGCACUGGCCCUGAAUGCCUCCAUAGCGGACCUACAGCGUCUCCAGCCCCCUCGUAGGCUUGAAGACUUCAGCUAUUCCGACGAGGACAUGGCAAGAGUGAUUUUACAUCACGCUAAUAACAUUGAUUUCACUGGACUGCAGGGACGGGUUCUAAUAGAGAACGGUCAACAAACUUGGGACAAGGUACAGAUAGCGCAGGCUCAAGGCUCCAAGUUGAAUACCGUCAUGAUUUACAGUACAACACUGGAAGAAUUUCUAGAGACUUCAGAAGUUUCUACAAUCAAGUGGAAAGGCGAUCACAUUCCCGUUGACGGUGUUACAACUAGAAUUGUGAAUUUUGAAAUAUCAUCUACAAUCCGAGCCAUCCUAUACUCUCUGGCUUCUGUCGGUGCCGCCAUAGCAAUUACUUUCCUCGUGAUCAACAUCAGAUACAGAGACAAAAGGGCCAUCAAGAUGUCGAGUCCUUCCCUGGGUAACCUGACUGUGGUUGGUUGUUUGCUUCUCUACGCCUCUGUCUUUGCCAGAGGCUGGGACAAGACGCAUAUGUCGGAUACAGUUAUCAUAGCCAAGUGUCACCUUGAGAGGAUUCUGAUUUCCCUAGGGCUGUCAUUUGUGUUCGUUUCUAUCUUCAUGAAGACAUACCGGAUACACGCUAUAUUCACUCUUGCAGUCAAGAAAUUCAAACGAAUAGAUCUACCAGACUGGAAGCUUAUCGUCAGAGUGUUUUCAGCUGUCUUAGUUGAUUGUGCGAUAUUCGUAGCUUGGAUUGCCAUGGAUACGACGACCGUUGAAAGACACACCCUUGAGCCCCGGCUUAACAUGACCGAGCCUGAGAAGGAGAUCUAUCAGGUUCCAGAGAUUCGUUUCUGCAGCAGCACGAACGAGCAUUAUUUCAUUAUCGCCCUCUACGUCGUGAAAGGAGUCCUCCUGACCUUUGGCAUUUUCUUAGCCUGGGAAACAAGGAACAUUGCAGUCUCCCAUUUCAAUGACAGUAAAUACAUCGCAGCUUCAGUGUAUGUCGUUGCCUUGACCAUAGUCUUGACUGUCCCUACAAUUACUGUCCUGUGGGAUGACGUCAACAUGACGUUUCUUGUUCUCGGGGUGGCAAUUAUUGUCGUCAAUACAACAGUGCUUUGCCUGAACUUCAUUCCCAAGGUGUAUCUUCUGCUCACCGUCCAAGAUAAGGACAUCAAUUUGAGCAUGAUGUCAUCGAUGGGAUACGGUAGUUCCUCUACGACCAAUACAAGCAGUUCAUCCAGUAAGAAUACCAGCAGUAAACUGAAUGGAUUACGCUCAAAAUGUCAACAGCGGGACGAGGAACUGCAGCGGUUGUACAGGGAACUGCAACGUGUGUGUCGAGAGAGGACAACAACGAACUGAGAUCGAGGCUGU